AUGACUUGUGCUGGCGUUUCGAGGACGUGGCAACGGAUUUGUGAAGAUGAUCAGACCUGGCGACAGAAAUGUUUCGACAACGGAUAUGUGGAAUUUGAUGUGCCAAGUUUUCGUUUUCUCGGAGGUUGGGCGGCGAAUCGAGCAAAUGAGCCAGCGGGAAUAACGAUCUGUUCACAUAUGGACCUUCAAGAAGCACAGCAGAAUCGACAGGCACGCGAGAUCGCAUAUGGACAAUGUUAUGAGCAGACGAUUGGUGAUUCGUAUCAAGUGAGCGAAGAUGGCAAAUACAUUGUCUGUGGCGAUUAUGAUGGAACGGUGGACGUUUUCUGUGGUCAAACCGGCGCACAGCUUCAUCUUUUGCGGGGACAUACGGAUUGGGUUCGAUGCAUGAGUCUACAUGGCACAACCCUUGUUUCCUGUUCGGGGGAUCGAACAAUCCGAGUCUGGGACAUUGUCGACGGAAACUGCCUUCACAUUUUGGUUGUCGAGGCUUUGUAUUGUUUGCAAUUUGAUGGAGAACGGGUCGUAUUUGAUGGCCAGGAUUUUACCGUAAAGGUUUGGAAUGUACACACGGAGGAGUGUUUGCACACGCUGACGGGUCACACGGGAGCGAUCAUUUCUCUUUUGUUUGAGUCACAGCGUGAUCUUGUCGUGUCGAGCAGUGGUGACGGAACAAUUCGGGUCUGGGAUGUGCAAAGAGGAGCAUGCAUCGCACAUCUUGUCUGGAUUCAAGAGUUAGAGUUCACAAGUUACUUUGGGAUGCAGCUUCGCGGAAACAUUUUGGCCUGGUAUUACGACUCGGACAUUUUUGUUUGGGACAUUCGUGAGGGUGACUCGUGCAUUCACCACUUACAUGGCGUAAAUGGUCAGACGUCGCUCAUCUCUUCAAUGCAAUGGCUCGACUCCGGACUUUUGGUGACAGGUUCGGAUGAUGUGGUGAAGCUGUGGGAUGCGGAGAAAGGUAUCUUUGUUCGUGAUCUCGUUCGUCUUCAAUGGGUGGACCCUCUCCGUUAUUAUUGCCAUCUCAAAGCCACUGAAACAUUGCUCUUAUGGGGAGUUGAACGGGAUGACUUUAAAUACGCAAUUUCUCUACAAGCUCACCCUGGUCUUAUCAUUACUGGUUCUCAUGAUGAUAAGUUGCGGGUCUGGAAUGUUGAAGAUGCUCAACCGGCUUUUACUCUAACUGGUCAGAAUGGUCAGCCUUCGUCGUAUCAAGUGAGCGAAGAUGGCAAAUACAUUGUCUGUGGCGGGCAGGAUGAGACGGUGCGCAUUUGGUGUGGUCAAACCGGUGCACAGCUUCAUGUUUUGCAGGGACAUACGGAUUGGAUUACAUGCAUGAGUCUACAUGGCACAACUCUUGUUUCUGGGUCGCUUGAUGAAACGCUCCGUGUCUGGGACAUUGUCGACGGGAAAUGCCUUCACAUUUUGGCUGUCGAUGCUAGGAAUUGUGUGCAAUUUGAUGGAGAGCGGGUUGUAUCUAGUGGCGGUGAUUAUGCCGUAAAUGUUUGGAAUGUACACACGGGGGAGUGCUUGCACAUGUUGACGGGUCACACGGAUAUAACCCUUUCACUUUUGUUUGAGUCACAGCGUGAUCUUGUCGUGUCGGGUAGUCGUGACGGGACGAUUCGCGUCUGGGAUGUGCAAAGAGGAAGUGGCUUUUACUUCAUGCAUCACACAUCU